GCUGUAUGAACUAUGAAGGGAGGGCUAUCAAGCUGUCAGAUGGUGAAUAGCAAAGCGGAGCGGUAGUGAGAAUUAUUUUAACAAAUAUGUGUUUUUAUUUUCAAUAUCAUACACAUAGGUAAUCGCCGCACCUAGUAUUAAGCUUUAGGGUAAUCAAGAACGGGAGCCAGCACCGGAGCUGCCGCAAAAUGGGCUCCAGGGAUAGGGACACUAAGUCCCUUCACGACAAGUUGAAAGUGUUAUUCAAGAAAGGUGGCUCUGCGCCCGUAGCUGCACAAAACGAGCUGGUGGUAACACCAGAACUCCGACGGGAACUCAGCUCUGAGGUCCCGUUACAUCGACGUCUCCGUGCUAUCAAGGAAUUGGGUGAAAAAGUGCUUCAUAUUCGUGUGCAGGAAGGUGGAGUAGAAAAAAUAUGGUCCACCACUAGAGACCUCCUAGAGGAGCCAUCAACGGAGGCUCGCCACGCAGCACUGGGUCUCCUCCGCUGCAUCGCUGAGGGGCAGACAGAGCUGCUCAUCAUGCGCACCAUCCUUUUCCGGUACCUGCAAGAGACGCGACCCUCGCACCACCCAGAGGACUACCAGCUGCGGUUCAAACUGCUACACACUUUGACUAACACUGGCAAAGAUAUUAAGUGCUUGGAAGAAGAGAUUGGUCCCUUUCUCCUGGAGUGGUUGCCGCAGCUGCCGGGGCCCGCUCAGAUCAUAGACUUCGUACAGCUCAUCACCAAUGUUGUCAAGUUUAAUGCUGUGUAUCUCGAUGAAGAAAUUGUGCAUGGAAUUGUUAACAACGCGUGCCACCUGUGCGUGUACUCUGCGGAGGCGGGCGUGGUGCAGGGCUGCCUGUCGCUGCUGGAGGCCGUGCUGUCGUACUCGCUGCUGCCGCGCGCCGCACUGCGCACCUUCGUCGCCGCGCUCUGCCGCACCGUCAACCUGGAGCACUACUGCCAGAACAGCUGGAAGCUGAUGCGGUACGUGGUGGGCGCGGACAUGGGGCACGCGGCGCUGCAGGCGAUGGUGGACAUGGUGCGCGAGGCGGGCGAGGCUGGUGUGGGGGCGGAGGGCGAGGCGGACGCGGGGCUGGCGCGGGGCGCCGUGUUCUACAUCAACAUGGCGCUGUGGGGGCCGCGCCGCGUGCUCACGCUGCACGUGUCGCACCUCGCCGUGCUGCCCGCCUUCCUCAAGGCGCUGAACGCGCGGCAGCCGGUGGUGACGUACGAGGUGGUGGUGGCGCUGCAGAGCCUGGUGUCGCGCAUGCCGCUCGACCUGCACGAGGUGUCCUGGGACGUGCUGCUGCGCAUCGUGCGCGAGAUACUCGACCAGGAUAAAACGCUGGAGCCACCUAACGAGCUGAUCCACAAGCAGGUGCACGCGCUGAUCACGAGCAUCGAGCAGCUGCAGGAGGCGGGCCAGUUCCAGGGAGACCCCGACGCGCUGCUCGACCUGCUCGACUACUGCGGACACGACCGACCGGAGGCGUCGACGAUGCGCGUGAUCACGCUGCGCGGCGCGGCGCUGGGCGGGUGCGGCGAGGCGGGCGCGGCGCUGGCGCUGGCCGAGCGCUACCUGCGCCUGGAGCCGCGCCUGCCCGUGCGCCUGCACACGCUGCACACCGUGCUGGCCUACAUCCGGCGCGCCAGCGUGGGCGGCGACGAGGCGGUGGAGCGCGUGGGCGCGGCGCUGGCGGCCGCGUGCGCGGGCGACGCCGAGUGCGCGCUGCGGGCCGCGGCUGCGCGCGCGCUGCCGCUGCUGGCGCGCGCCUGCUCCGCCGACGCCGCCAUCGACCUCGUCGACCAGCUCGAGAAGAUUUUGAACCGGCCGUUCGAGAUGUACGUGUCGGACGUGCCGAUCCCGGCGGAGGCGGACACCAGCGACCUGGCGGCGGCGGCCGGCGGGCUGCUGGAGCUGCUGCACGAGCGCCUGCUGCGCGCGCCCGCCGCGCCCGCCGCGCGCGCGCUGCUCGUGCUGCUCGACCACCUGGACCUGCACUACCGCCGCCCGGCGCUCUGCCGGCACCACCCCGACAUCCGACUCAAGAUCUUCGACAUGCUGUUCGGGCUGCGCGCGAACGCGUCCAACUGCGUGGGGUUCUGCUACGACUCGCGCGGCGCGUGCGUGUGGGGCGCGGCGGCGCUGCGCGUGCGGCCCACGUGCUCGCCCUUCCUGCUGGCCGAGCCGCCGCUGCCGCGCGGGGCCGCCGCGCCGCCGCCGCCUCGUGCGGACCUGCCGCCGGGCGCGUGCGUGAUCCCGGUGGGGCGGUUCGCGCGGCUGCUGACGCUGGCGCUGACGCGCGAGAGCGAGUGGGGCGUGCUGGCGCACGUGCUGCGCGCGCUGCCGCAGCUGCUGACCGCGCGCGCGCUCGUGCUGGGCCGCCGCGCGCACGACAUCGACCAGCUCGCCGCCACGCUCUGCUCCAUGGUGUCGGACCGCAGCGCCACGUUCCCCGAGUGCUCGCGCGCCAACAGCAAGCUGCUGGUGUCGGAGUUCCACGCGGCCGUGCUGCCGCCGCUGGCCGCCAUGGCGUCCUACAACGCGUACCUCGAGCCCAACACGCAGCGCCACGUCGUGCGCUGCCUGCUCAAGCACGGCAUGGUGCUGCGCACGCCGCAGCCGUACAUCAACGCGCUGACGCUGUUCACGCUGGAGACGCGCGAGACGAUGGUGCGGAUGCUGCCCGAGGUGCUGCUCGACCUGUCCAAGAUCUCCGACACGCAGGCCAUCGCCAGCCCCAUGCUCGAGUUCCUCUCCACGCUGACGCGGCUGCCGCGCGUGUUCGCGUCGUUCGUGGAGGACCAGUACAUGUCGGUGUUCGCGAUCCUGCUGCCGUACACCAACCCGUCGCGCUACAACCACUACGUGGUGUCGCUGGCGCACCACGUCAUCGCCGCCUGGUUCCUCAAGUGCCGCCUGUCCUACCGCCGCAACUUCGUGCGCUUCAUCAUACACGGUUUACACAACUACAUAAUAAUGCCGUUCGAAGAGCAGCUUCAACACAAAACGAACAACUUCCACCAGAACUCUGUUAAUGAAGACUCGUCGAACAGGCAACGGAGUUCCAGUUUGGGUUCGAAGGCGGUAUCGCGCGCACCACUAGCGGGGCGGGGCGGGGGCUCGCGGGGCGGGGCCGGGGGCGGGGCGGGGGGCGGCGCGGGGGGAGGGGGCAGCAGCGCGCCCGCCGCCUUCCACGUGGAGCUCACCGAGACCUGCGUCGACCUGCUCGCCAGAUACACCUUCACGCCCUGCAGCGUCAAGCCGCAGAGAAGUGAUACGGCAGAAUUCCUGUUUAAAGGCGGACAGUCGACAACGUGGCUAGUGGGCCACAAGCUGGUCACCAUCACCACUUCUGGCUGUUUACAGAACUCUAUCAAACAAGGCCUCUGCGAAAGGUGCGCGUCGCUGUGCCGGCAGCACGCGGAGAGCGCGGGCAGCCCGCCGGCCCCCGCGCCCGCACCCGCACCCGCACCCCCCGCACCGCCCGUGCCUGCCGACCUGCCGCCGCAGGUACAAAUUAAAGACAGUUCAGAAAGUAAUUCUUCGUCGUCGAACAAUCACCUGCAAGUCAAUUCACACGGACAGAAUAACCAACCGGAAGUCAAAAGGUACAGCAAGUGGUCGCUGCAGCACAGCCGCUCCACCGAGACGUCCUGCUCCUCCCUCUCCAUCUCCGAGCUGCAGCCGCCCUCCAGCGGACACGUCUCCAGGCAAAACUCGUCAGAGAAUAAAUCGACAGACCCUCUAGCAGAAGUACUCAAUCAGUUCACACAACGAAUAGAAAGGAUAUCCAAAGAAGUGGAUAGCGAGGAGGGCUUGUGGUGGCGCGUGGGCGGGCUGGCGGAGGCGGGCGCGUGCCCGUGCUGGUGCGCGCGCUGGGCGCAGCUGCACGUGCGCUCGCCCACCGGCGACGUGUCCUGGCUGCUGCGCAUGCAGAACCACAUAAACUCAGCGCAGCUACAGGAGUGGCCGCUGCAGGACGUGCUGGCGCUGCUGUCCCCGCCGCUGGCGACCGGCCUCGACCCCGGCGCCGCACUCAGCACGCAAGCCGCACACGCCUCACAAGCCUCACAUGCCGCCUCUGCUACUGACCUGGCUUCAGAAGAAUCAUCACGAUCGAGUCGAUCGCAACACGCAGCCGACUUGCACAAAUCCAGCUCGGACACGGUGGUGGCCGGCGAGCGGCGCGCGCCUGCGCACUCCGCGCACCAGCCCGCCAGAAUGAGCACACAACCUAUAAACAUCCCGGGGUCGCCGCAGCGACAGAGCUCGUCCAGUACGACGGGAGAUGAUGAUAUGCUACUUAUUGUACCUGAACAGGGCAAGAGCCGGCACCCGGUGCGGCGCUCCAACUCGUCGCCGGAGAUGUCCUCCUCGUGGAAGGUGCCCGUGCGGGAGCCCGCCGCGCCUGAUGAUGAACUGCCGCCAAAUGUGGAUGAGAUGAUCCUGCUGCCUGUUUGUGAGCCCACGAGCACAUCAAUGGCAAUGCAUGCGAAUAAGAAAGCAGCCAAAAAAAGCGACAUGCGGGUAUCCUGCGAAGCCAUCCCAGAAGAGACGGGCACAUCACCACAACCCCACCACGUGGCGCCGCACAACCCGCAAGUGCCACAGAACCAGCAAGUGCCGCUCAACCCGCCGGUGCCGCAUAACUCUCAGACGCUGAACCAGCAAGCGCCGGUCGAGCAGCCUCAGGGAACACAGAACCACCACAAGCCGCAUCCGCACCUCAUAACUUACAAUUCAGAUCCAGGUGCGGUGGGGUCAGACACAGAAGUAGACGAUAACUCAAACUCGGACGGACUGAACGUUGUACACGCACACCAUCAAUUGCAGAAGACAAGCAGCGACAGCACGGUAACGACGGGCGCGGGCGCGGGCGGGGCGGGUGCGGGCGGGUGCGGGGGCGGGGGCGGGGGCGCGCGGGACGAGCUGCCGCCGCUGGCGCGCUCCAAGCGCUCCAACACCAUCUCCGUCAUGAGCCCCACCGAGCGCGCGCGCUACCAGACCGCACGGGACGGUGCAGCGCGCGCGAACAACAACGCGUCGAGCGGCGGAGGGGGUGGGGGAAGUGCCGGUGCAGGAGGCGCGGGUGGGGGGGUUUCGCCCUCCUUCGUGUUCCUGCAGCUCUACCACAACAUGAGCACCUAUCCCAUCUCUCCGCCCGUGCCCGGGGAAGUGCCAACGCAGCUGAGCGCGGGCUGCGAGCGGCCGCUCAAGGUGUGCGGCGCGCAGCACGAGCGCACGCUCAAGAACAUCGAUCUCAUGCCGCCCUUGGAGACGUACAAGGUUGGCGUGCUGUAUGUAGGUCCGGGACAACAAGAUGACGAGGUCGCUAUUUUGAAAAAUGAAUAUGGCAGCGUCAGAUAUUCAGAAUUCCUGCGCGCUCUUGGUACACUAGUACCGCUAGAAGGUGCAGACGAACCUAACCUAUUUCUGAACUUAGAAAAAGGCGGCAAAGACGGCCGAUACACUUACGUUUGGACAGACGACAUAAUGCAGGUGCAGUUCCACGUGGCGACGGCGAUGCCGAGCUGCGCGCGCGACCCGCACUGCAACGAGAAGCGCAAAUACAUCGGCAACGAUUUCGUGUCCAUCGUGUACAACGACUCGGGACACGACUUCAACAUACUCACUAUUAAGGGCCAGUUCAACCUGUGCGUGGUGGUGGUGGAGCCGAUGGAGUGCGGCAUGAGCCGCGUGCUGGUGAAGACCAAGGACGAGCGCAUCCGCAGCAAGUUCCUCGCGCACCUGCAGCCCACCGCGCUCUCCGACACCAGCGUGCCGCUGCUGGCGCGCCAGCAGGCGCUGCACUGCGCGCUGGCGUCGCAGAUCAGCCAGUCGCUGGAGACGGCGGGCGGGCAGCCGUACGCGUCCAACUGCCUGGAGCGGCUGCGGCUCAUCAAGCGGCUGCGCGCGCGCAUCGAGGCGGAGCGCCGCUCGGCCGCCGCCCGCGCGCCGCCCCCCUACCACGCCUCGCCGCACUCCGCGCACGCCCAGCGGCGCGUCGCCAUCGACGACUUCAACGACUACACGUAGCCGCACCCCCACACACUCCCCCUCCCCCCACCACCACCAACACUGGACGUGACACACGCGCUGUGACGACGCGGCAUAACAAACUGUCGUUGCUACUGUCACUAUCGCAGUAACAAAUUGGAAACGCCGGCUCUAAUAGUUGUAAACUUAACGCUAAUGUACGGAGUGAACUGAAUACACAUGUGACACCCAUACACAGCUGUAAGCACGUAUGUGGUGUAUGGGUGAGAACAUAACAAUGAUUAAAACUGAAAUUGUUUCAACAUGUAUGGUCUCUUUAAAUUUAUUUUUUUGUUCAGUUUAUAGGAUGCGUUCUAUUAGAUAGGGAGGCGAGGUAGCUAAAUGGCGUAAUUCAACGGCGUCGUCGAGACUUAUCAAAAUCGAUAGAUAAAAUAAUUUCAAAAAGAAAAGCUUCUAUGG